AUGAAGACCAUUCUGCUCGUAGUUGCUUGCCUUCCAGCGCUGGUGUUCGGUCUUGCGGUGAGACCAUGUGCCAACAAUGCGCCCAUUCCACAGGAUGUACGAGUGAUAGGCUGCACGGCAGAACCGUGCGUCAUUCCGAUCGGCGGUAUGGUCGACAUGGACUGUGACUUCAUUUCGCCACGGGCCACCCAAACCGUGCAGGCAACGCUCGACAUCUUUUUGGGAGAUUUCCGCGUACCGUACGAUCUGCCGGCGGCGCAACAGAACGCUUGCAACUUCUUCGAAGCGGGCAGCUGUCCGGUGACCGAGGGUGAGUUCAUCAACUACCAUCUGAACACACCGGCGGCAGCACCGUUCGCGGGUAUUACGGUCGAUCUGCAGCUCCAGCUUACCGACGAUAACGGCCAGCCGCUGUUCUGCUUCCGUUCAUCCGCCCAAAUCGUCGCUGUGUGA